UGUCUGCUGUGGGUCUGCAGCUGCACAACGGCUCUCUGCUUUUCCCAAAACCCUCCACGACUGCCGACCUGCCUGGGGACACCAUGCAACUCCCCUGAGUCUGCUCCCUUGGCAGCGAGCGCCCGGGGGAGGCAGGGCGAGAGAUAACAUAGCACUUGAAGAUCCCCACAUUACCUCACCAGAUAAGGAGGAGGGAGGAGGAUGGAGCAGAGCGGGGUGGACAUCGGGCCUUUGGGUGGAGGAGAGGGCCGAGCCCCUCCACGCAAUACAAAGGAGACCCUCGCGUGCUGUCAUUUAGAAGUUGUUUAGUGGUCUCACUGGUGGUUCUCAUGUCAGAGCGAACACAGGAAGAAGUUGAGACACGGAACCAAGAAGGGAUGGGCAGAAAGAGUCUCCAGACCCAGAGAUGGACGCAGUCAUGCAUGAGACAGGCAACACAUAGAGAGCCAAAGAAGUGGGUAAAGCCCGACCCAGCCGUUCCAUCCAAGGCAUGUAAGACUCAAAACUCUCCAGAGAAUGCGGCGAGAGAGAGGAGUCGUGUGCGAAACCUCAGACAAGCCUUUCACAGUUUGCAGGCUGCUCUUCCCUCUGUUCCUCCAAACACAAAACUCUCCAAGCUAGAUGUGCUGGUCCUGGCCACCAACUAUAUCGCCCACCUGACUGAAACCCUGGACCAGGGAGGAGAGCUGGGCGAGCAUGGCAUCCUUCCCAGAGCAGAAGGAUACCUGCAUCCUGUUAAGAAAUGGCCCAUGCGUUCUCUUCUCUACUGUGGGAACAUAGGAGAGCGAUUGACAGGAGCACAGGCCAAUCAGGAGACAUCGUGCCCACCAGCUUGUGCCUCUAAGAUUGAGGCUGACCAAUGGACUAAAAAACCAUCUUAAUAAUUAACAACUAUUGAAAAAUCAUGCAUGUUUGUGAAUAGGACAUUAUAGGAUAUUUUCUGCAAUCUGUUGAAAAAAUGUAUGUAAAUAGAAUGUGUUUUAUCAGUUAUGUCUUAAUCACACAUAUAAGAUGCAACGCCACAUCCGUCAAAAAUGAGAUAAUGAUAUUAACCGAAUGCUCUCGCCAUGUAUUAUCUGUAUGUGUAAUCAUCUUAAACCUGGCCUCAGACCAUUCAAAAAUGUCGGUUUGUUGGCAGAAUCCAUUAAAAGCCACAACAUUUUCAGCAAAGUCCUCUAAGUGCAUGAAAGAAGAAUUGGAUGAUUGACGUAUACGUCACAUUUUUUACCUGGUUAAAAUAAGUUUAUCGAAUAUAUUAGAAUAUUGACCGAUAUAAAAUAUUAUAUAUGAGACUUGGAGUGGAGAUUUUUGCAUGUGCUUAGAGGGUUUUGCAGCGAAAGACAGUGAAAUGUGUAGGCUACUGUAAGCUGAUUAACAAUAGAAAGUAAUUACACACUGUAAAAAAUGUAAUGCAGCAUUAUUUUUUUAUUUGCAAGUCAAUUCAACCUAUGAUUGUAAAUUUUGACCUGUGAUAAGUUGACAUAAAACCAAGUUGAAAUGGUGUAACUUAUAUUUUAUGUUACUUUUACUUUAAAUUAUGUUGAUUUGACAAAAAAAUUGAGCAGAGAUUUUCCCAUAAUCCUUUAGUAUUUACAAUAUUAUACUGUACAUGUACAGACAGUUGGUUACUGUACAUAUUACAGUGAAAUAUUAAAAUCAGUAAUACAGGGAACCAAUGAAAUGACUAAAGUGACAUUUGUGAAAAUAAGGCAAUUUCAAUGACUAAUAACUAAUAAACUUUUCAUAUGCAUGAACCUAAACAAAGAGGUUGAUAAAAAAAAUGCUAAUUUAAAAGAAAACAUGUUUUCAUACUUUGAGGGUUUAGCAUCUGAGCUCGUCAAAUAUUUUCUAAUGAAUGAGCUCUUAUUGUUAAAAGUGCUAGUAGUAUGUUUACACUGUAAAAAUACUUUGCCGCCUUAAAUUGUUUUGUUGAAUCAACUCAGAUUUACAAGUCAUUUCAACUUACUAUGAUCUUGACUAGAGAUGAGUUGUUAUAACUUAUAAAAUUAAGUUUACUUUUUUAUAAGUUGUGACAACUCAUCUCUGUUGAAAUGACUUGUAAAUCUGAGUUGAUUUAACAAAACAUUUUUAAGGCAGCUAAUUAUUUUUUACAGUGUAUAUAUGUAUUAUGCCACAUACAUCACACUUUAAUCAGGGUGUGACAGACUUGUAACAAAAAUUUUUACAAAUACAUUUUUUUUAAAACUACACUAUAAAAAAUACUUAGAUAAAAUAUAGUUGAGAAAAGUCAACUUAAUUUUAUAAGUUAUAACAACUCACCUGUAGUUAUAACAACUCAUCUCUAGUCAAGAUAAAUAAUAGUAAGUUGAAAUGACUUGUAAAUCCGAGUUGAUUCAACAAAAAAAUUUAAGGCAUCAAAGUAUUUUUAUAGUGUAUUUUAAACCAGAUAUGUUCUAAUGUACCCCUUUCUCCCCCUUGAUUUCUAUGUCCCGUACUUAAAAGUAAAGGUGCUAAGCAUAAAAGAACCUAUUUAGAAGAGUCUAUUUAAAUCUUCUUUGUGGAGCCAAAAAUAGUUUGUAGCACAAGUUGUUUGUAAAACUAAGAAAACACUGUCAUUUGUCAAGCAGUAUUCUAGUACUUGUUCUUUAAUACCAUAAAACAAAACAUAAAACCUUUAAACUUGUUUAAUGUUUUACUUUUUGAAAGCAUCACUAUAGCAUAACACUCCACCAUAUCUAGCUGUUGGCAUAUUUGAGCGUUUGGAUUUAAUAUCUGUGUUUUGCACCUGAUAGUAAUAAAAUAAAUGUCCUGAUUAGUAGAAAGGGAGGAUUAUUAUAGGGAACACUUGGCAACAUGAGUGAUAGAGAACCCUUGUGUCCUCUUAAUCAUUUUAAAUUCUCUAAAAUCACAGACUGAUCAUGAUUCAUUCAACUGCAUGUGCAAAUCCCAAAUGAUUGUUCAAAAAUAUUAAAAGCAUUUUAAAAGAAUAUAUCUGUAUUGUGUAAUGUCAUUUUCACAAACAUUAGCUGCUUUAUAGUAUUUGCUUGGUACACAAACAUUAUUUACUGACCAAACAAAGACACUGUACUUAUCAAAAUCAUUCUUAUUAGAGUUUUAAUAAAAGUCUAUGACCACAUCUUCCCACAA